AGUUGUCGAUCAAAAACAUCGUGGUGAACAAGUAUCUGGUGGAGCAAGCCAAAUUCCUAUACCUGAGGCUGACGCAAGCUCAGUCGGAGGUAAGUUUGUAUAAUUUCCGUCUGUAGUAAUCGGAAGUUGAAGCUACACUUGCACUGGACAAGUUUUCCAACUCACUUGAAGUCUUUUUGCAAGAUUUCAGUCGAAACGCAUGACUAUGGCUGACGUUGAUUCUUCGAAUUUCAUUUUUGCGUUCUGAAAUUGUCGUACUCUUGCAAGGUUCUUGCUGUUUGUUGAUAACUCGAAUCAGUAGAAACCAACUAGCAUACUAUCAUGAAUUCUGCACUCUGAUUGGCCAACGUACUCUCCAUCCAGUUCUAUCUACAGGCCAUUUGCAUGAUGGCAUCAUUUUACUACUACGACCAGAAUCCUUUUCGCUUUUCUAUACAUGUUUGAAUUUGGUAAUCGCAGCGAGAUUUAAAUGGCAAAAGCCGUAAUUUGCACAAGAAAGGAAAACCCUGAUGGAUUCUGGUCGUACUAGUAAAUGAUGUCAUCGUGCAAAUGGCCCAUUUCGUGAAAGAAAGUGAGAAGGGAGCCGACGCUUUGAACAAAAAUAAGACAAUGGCAACUUCUUUGGCAAAUUGUUUUUAGAAUUUUAUGACGAAAAAGUAGUUAAACUUAAAAAUGAUGCACCUCCAUAAAAGACGGAAUUAACAUUUUAAAUGGAAAGAAAUACAAAUUUAGUUGUUUAUUUAUGACAAUCAAUCAAUCAAUCAGUCAGUGAUUUAUUUUAACACGUUACAUCGAGGAGCUAAAAAACUCGUUCAAAAUACGAACGUGUAUAAAUGAAUCUAUAAUAAUUACAGCUAUAAAAUACUAUUAUUCUAUUUUAAAAACAACUCAAUAAAUAUAUAAAAACUUAGCAAUAAAGACAUAAAAUAUAAAAAGCUAAAACCUACUAAAAACUAUAUACAAAAACGUGAAAGGAGAACUACAAGACACAAUCUUGCAAUUUACUUUUGAAGUCAUUUGCAUACUUGAGAGGGUGAACUGUUCCAUAACUUAGUUGAUAAAUUAGUCAAAGCUUUUCUUUUAAAUUUAGCUGGAUUAAAAUUAGGUAAUUCCAAAUUCGAGCCCUCGCCUCAUAGCCCAUACGGUGCAUGCCAUUAUUUAAAAAGGUUUCUAAUAUAAGUAGGUCCCGUACCACUUAAGCAUUUGAAAAAAAGUAUUAACGCCUGAUGUAAGCGCCUACAAUAUAAGGAUUUGAUGCUAGCCGUGGUGAGCGGCGCUUCAUAUGAAAUUGACUUCUUGGUCCGAUUAAUGUUCUCAAAAUAGAACAGUUGCCAUCUUCGAGACGAUUGCGUUGACCUUUGCCUAUGCAUACAAACAAACGACCCUUUCGGGAAUGCAGUUCAAAGGCUUGUUUUCAUGUAUUUUCAUCAAACCUUGGUAUAUACUAAACUGAAUCAGUUAGAAUACUCCUCGUGUCAAAGGGCGCAACUCAGCGCUACGCGCCUCGCUGACUAUUAAGUCAUAGAAAUUCGAACGCGUAGGUCCUUGCGGCUAGUCAUUCAUGUGCCACAAAACCCGCCAUGCCGGAGAGCAAGACACGCACUGGGAGAAAACAAACUAAAAAAAAGAAGGAAACCGUUUUACAGCAAGGAGCCCAAAAGUGUGACCUCCUUUAAUUCACUCACAUUCUUUCAUGCAGACAUUAACCAAUCAGAAGUCGAGGACAGUUUCCAGCUGGCUUCUGAUUGGAUUAAAUUUGUACGAAAGAAUGUGAGUAAAUCAAAAGCGGUUACACUUUUGGGCUUCUUACUGUUAAUGAUGUGGGGUCUUUGAGUUUUCUGUCCCAGUGGGUCCUGCGGUUUUGUACCACGUGAAUAACUAGCUGCACUGAAAGGGCCUAUUGUUAAUUAAUCAGGAAACGAAGACUAAGGGACACUUUUCAAUCGAGCAUUGAACUUGAUAUGUGUAAUUUUCUUGACAGAAUUUAACACAGGAUUAAGCCUGAAAUGGCAGCAAUACAAGGCAAUGCUGUUAAAACGUUUUCUGAAUGCUAGGCGAGAGAAGAAACUGGUUUUAACCCAGCUGAUACUACCUCUGUUGAUGGUUUGCUUGGCAUUACUGCUUAUAAAGACUCUUCAGGAACGAAUGCAGAAUGAACCUCCACGCAUACUGAACUUAUCCAAUUUGAGCAUUAAAGGGGUUCCCAACAUUGGCUUCUACGCUGACUUCCGUCCUAACGUUGAUCCUGACAAAAAGAACGCACUUUUUGACGUGAGUUGGAGGUUCCCGCGUUCUUUAAUAGAGCGCCUUAGAUUCAAGGAUGAUGACGACUAGGAGUACGAGAUUUGGCUUAAAGUUUUUCGCACAUUCUCAAAAUAUAGACUCCCCGGAAAGCUUCAUUUUACCAUUUUUCACUAGAAAAGUUAGCAUUGUUACCUUUAGUGGAGGAGGUUACGCGCUUUCCCGAUCGCAAAGUGAUAAAACUUCUAACAUUUGAUAUCUUGUUUCCGCCACUUCGACAUUCUCGCUAAAACUCGUGGUAGAGUGAAGACGGUUACCACGUUUUCCCGCCAAAAUGAGGCUGGUUCACGCGCGUGCACUACUAAGUAUUGAGGAAAUCUCGUACUCGUUGUCGUACUUGUCUUGGAAUCUAUUAAAAGCUCUCUAUAUUUUAUUUUUUAGCUGUGUUCACACCCUACCGGACAGCUUUUGCGCCAACACGAAAACCAUACCGGAUAUGGCUUCUGUUCCCGCUUACGAACAGUGAUUUCGGCGCGAUUUCUGUAACAGUAGGGACUUUUAGAUCCAACGACGCGACAGCAACGAGAACGUCGCUUAAAAAGUGAAUUUGAGUUCUUACAGUCUUUAUAGCGAUUAUUCCUACCCACUUACUUUGUCAAAUGUAGGCGAACCCUCCUGGAGGUGAAUUUCAAAUGACCAUAUUCAAGCUCAGAAAGAGAAAUAAAAUUUAAUCGUUGCUUGUUUACGUCCUCCAUAAAACGUGAAUUUAGGCAUUUUCACGUCGUAAUCGUGCAAAAACGGGAAAGAAAUGUAGAAAAAAGUGUGAUGCACGUGCAAAGUUGUUGUUUUGCUUAUUAAACCUAUUGUUUUCUUGACGGUCUCAUCGCCGUCCGCGUCGUUGGAUCUUAAAGUCCCUAGUGCGAAGCUGCAUAGAUGUCUAGCGGUCCGUUGUAUUAUAGAGUCUAACAUAAGUUUGAUAGGUUAUCCUACUUUUUUGACGUGAGUUGGAGAUUUCCUCGUUCCUCAACGUCUUUUUCAGGUACUAAAUGAACCAAAGAAGUAUUGACUGGAGAUCUGUAGGCGCCAAUAUCUUAUCGUAAUUGUGAAAUGAAACAAUCAGCAGAUAGUUGAAUCAAAUUUUUAAUGAAUAAUACUUAUUAUCAUUCGUUGUACAAAUAAUGGUCUGCUCAUGCGCACUGUAAUCCAGAUCAAUUAUUUGCCAAAGGCGAAGGCAAGUAAUUGAUCUGCUAGCCCUGAUAAAUCACAAUAUUUUGCUCAACCUGGUCCAAUAAUUGUUAAUUAGUCUGCACGGGGGAAUAACUGUAUCAAAAGUUAAAUCUACGGUUAAAUAAUUCGUCAACCCUGUUGUCUUGUCACGUGUUGAGCUGAGGCGUAGCUUGAGAUUUUGAAUUUAGGGUUCCGGAAAUGUCGUUUCCUGCGUUUUCCGCAGGACAUUUUCAGUAAAUAAAUACAAAGGAAAAUGAAACAGUUAGUUGUUUAUUUUACCUAUCUCUAGCAUUAUGGAAUAAUACUGAAAAUGAUAAAGGAUAUACUAACAGAAAGACUCAAUAUAAUGCGAAAAAUUAAACAGUCUCCCCAUUGUAAUGAUAAAAAUGUUUUCAGGAAAAAAAUUAAAAAUACAUCUUUUUUUCCAGAUUACAGCUUUACGCACGGGUGUGUGUACUUAGAUGGGCGUUACGCUUCUGUUGAGGUUUACAAAGGCGCGCAUGUGACUUAAAUAAUACCUUUUCAUUUUUCAUAAAGAUCUGUUGUAUAAUAGAGGCUAACAUAACUCUGUUAAAAUUGUUAUUUUCAGGUGGCUUCUAAACACUUAAGGGACGUAAAAGUAACCUUGAAAGACAUUGAAUCGGAUCUUCAUAAAAUACAGAGCGGCAACCAAGGAAACAGUAUAUUGGUGGAGGGGAAAAAGUUUCAGUAUAUGGGCGAUGAAAAAGACGUAUGCUGUAAUUACGAAUUUCUGGUCCUGAAUGCCAAGUGCAAGAAAGCUGUAAGUUGCUGCCAAUCCUCAGUUUGCAACUACUUGAUGACAAGGCUAACGUGUUGCCAGUGGUUAGCAAAACUAUAGAGACGGUGACCUCAGUUUCGAGGUCGAGGUCGUUUAAAAAAAAUCAGACAUCCCGGAAAGUUUCAUCAUACGUUUUUCACCAGAGAAGUUAUUAUUAUUAAAUGAGGUUAACCCUAACUUGAUCGCAAAAUGAUUAAACUUCUAACAUUUGAUAACAAGUUUUCGCCACUACGACAUUCUCGCUAAAACUUGUAGUAGAAUGACGCUGGCUAUCACAUUUUCCCGCCAAAAAAAAGCUGGCUCACGUAUGUGCACUACUUAGUAUUGAGCAAAUCUUGUUCUCGUAGUGAGUCGUCCCUGAAGGUCUCUGAUACAUUUUUUUGUAGAGUUUGUAUGAAAAAAGUCUAGCUCCAAGCAAAGGGAAACACUUUAAUUUGUUUUUGUCAGCAAACAUGACCUUCACACGUCUGCUGGAAUCCAAAAAUUCCUAAAUAUAAAACUGCAAUUGCACUUUUCUUGAUUUGAAUUUUCAAUAGAAGAUUCUUGGUUUCUUUGAUUCCAGUUUCCUUAGGUGUGAAUUUUCUUAGUUCAUUUGAAUUUUUAAUCUUAGCCUUUGUCAUUAUGACAAAUAAUAAUAAUAAUAAUAAUAAUAAUAAUAAUAAUAAAUAUAAUGAUAAUGAUAAUGAUAAUGAUAAUAAUAAUAAUAAUGAUAAUGAUAAUGAUAAUAAUAAUA